AUAGUUUGAUAAAUUACUGUGAUGAUAAAGGAUAUAAGGAAAGAGUUGAACAUUUGGGGUGGGUCAUUGAGUUAGAGGAACUGCAAGAGUGUGUGCGUGACAAACUAAACUAGGGCUACGAACAACCAACCCCGAUUUUCACGCAAACUUCUGAUUUUGCUCUUUUAGAUCUACAAUUUCCACUGCAAUCAUUUUCAAAUCAACCUACAAUUUUCAUUCUCUUUUUAAUUUAAUUUUAAUGUCUUAUCUGUCUCCUUCUAAUCCGAGUGUGUAUUUCUGAAACACUUAUCCGAUACGGAGCUGCAAGAGUGAAAGCACAUAGCAGAGAUUCAGAUUUCCCUCUUAGCAUGCCAGAGCAAUAAUGGGUUCUGGAAAUAUACCACCUUCUUCUUCCGGUUCCGAUAUGUCUAUCUCCGAGCUUCGUGAGAGGCAUGAAGGGGAGCUGGAAAAUUUAACGCUAACCACACAACCCUUCAAAACACUGAAAUUCUUCACAUUGGCUGUUAUUCAAUACGUGAAGAAUACAGCAUUAUAUAUAUUGGCAAAAGGUGGGUGGCUUAUGCUUUUCAGUGUUGCGGUUGGGACUCUUGGCAUAGUGCUGAUGACCCUUGGUUGCCUCCAUGAGAAGCAUAUUGAGGAGCUUCUUGAAUAUUUUCGCUUUGGACUUUGGUGGGUGGCCCUUGGUGUUGCUUCUUCAAUUGGUCUUGGAUCUGGUUUGCACACAUUUGUCCUAUAUUUGGGUCCCCACAUUGCAUUUUUUACAAUAAAAGCAGUUCAAUGUGGCCGAGUUGAUUUGAAAAGUGCUCCAUAUGAUACAAUACAAUUAAAAAGAGGUCCUUCUUGGCUUGAUAAAGACUGUUCUGAGUUUGGACCGCCAUUAAUACAUGGUUCACAGGUUCCACUUAGCAGCAUUUUGCCUCAAGUUCAGGUGGAGGCUAUUCUAUGGGGUCUAGGAACAGCUAUAGGGGAGCUUCCUCCUUACUUUAUCUCCAGGGCAGCAAGCUUGUCUGGGGGCAGAGUGGAUGCCAUGGAAGAAUUAGAUAGUGAAGAUAAAGGAGUCUUGAAUCGAAUCAAGUGCUGGUUUCUUUCACACUCGCAACAUUUGAAUUUCCUUACAAUUCUGGUGCUUGCUUCGGUGCCAAAUCCUCUAUUUGACCUUGCUGGCAUAAUGUGUGGACAAUUUGGCAUUCCAUUUUGGAAAUUUUUUCUUGCAACCAUGAUUGGAAAGGCAAUUAUUAAAACUCACAUACAGACGAUAUUCAUUAUCUCAGUUUGCAACAAUCAACUUCUUGACUGGAUUGAGAAUGAAUUUAUUUGGUUUCUCAGCCACAUACCUGCUUUUGCUUCUGUCUUGCCUAGGCUGACUGCUAAUCUCCGCACAAUGAAAGAUAAGUAUAUGAAAGCACCCCAUCCAAUUUCCCCAAAUAAGCAGGGGAAAAAGUGGGAUUUUUCUUUCGCUUCAGUUUGGAACACCGUUGUGUGGCUCAUGCUUAUGAACUUCUUUGUCAAGAUAGUGAAUGCAACUGCCCAGAGAUAUCUGAAGAAACAGCAGGAGAUACAGCUUUCUGCAUUAACAGAAAACUCAGACGCACAAUGAAUUGUUUAUGUUCUGCUUGUAUUAACCCUUUUUUUGUGGUUCCUUUUUCAAGCAGGUAGUUGAAAUUCAAAUUACAGCGAUUCCUUAUGGCCCCAUAUAGAGAUUACCCGAAAAAUCUGCAUUAGAGGUCUUGCUAGGAGCUUUUAGGAAUAUACACAUUAGGCAACUAAAGUUGCAACUUUUAUAUUAUUUGUAUAACUUUGGGGCAACCAUUGGAUUUUACAUUUAACCCCAUAUUAAUUGCUGCUACAAUGAAAAUUAUGGGAGUCCUAUUCUUUUGCAAUGGCAAGACUAAUUAGUUCCUAUA